AUGACGGAUACAAAGGAAGUCAAGUCCACUGAAGAAAAGCCUUUGCCUAAAAUCCCAUUGGCCUCACCCUUUGCCAAGAAACCGUCAUUUACAGAAACAACGGGUCAAGGUUUAAAAUUUAGUGACAAACUUUCGAAACCUGUCUUUGGAUCUGCAUUCAAGAGUACCGAGGAUAAGAAGCCCGAAGAUAAGGUUGAAACUCCGUCAGGUUUUGUGUUUGGAGCCAAGUUAGCCGAUAGAGUAACGAAUGUAAGUCUUUUACAGUAUGGAAUUUAGGUAUACUGUUCUAUUAAAAAUACAAUUUCCUUUUCAGGUAGCGAAGAAAGACGGUGAUGAUGGCCCAAAAGACGCUUCGUCUAUUUUUAAAAAGUUUGCGGUUAAUUCUGGAACGGGACUGGUAAGUCGGUUAUAUAUUUAUAGGUUAUUUCUGUCUUUAGUUCUGUAAACCAGCAUCGUGUUCGAGCUCCGAGGAAUCCAAGGAAAUAAAACCAUUCGCCGGUUCAUCGGAAAGCAAAGAAAAGCAAGUCGAACUUGAAACUCCAGCGGAAACGAUUACAGGGGAGGAGGGGGAGGUUAAUAUUCUUCAUGUAAGUGUCGUUAACGAACAUUUUUGUGGUUUCCUCGUAUAAAAUCUAUUGAAAUAUUGUUUUAGGUAUCAUGCAAAUUUUACAUUUUUGACAAAGAGACCAAGAGUUGGCAAGAGCGAGGUAAUGGAGUGCUGAGGAUAAAUCAGAGCUUCGAAGAAAGGCAAAACUUCCGGAUCAGUAAGUAAAAUACGAUUUGCAGUUCUCAUAUUUUCGUAAUCAAAUUACUUGUUUUAACACUUUUUUGUCCAUUAAUUUAUGUCGUUGCAGUUGGUCGAGCUACUGGCAAUCAACGUGUAUGUGUGAACUCUAAGAUAUUCGCAGACAUGUUGUUGGAGAAGGUGUCAGACAAACGUCUAAAAUUCUCGGCGAUGACCGCAGAUUCGGAGAUUCCACAAUUAGUUGUGAUACAGUCAUCUCCUGCUGGCAUCGCCCAAAUUGAGGCAAAAUUGGAGGAGCUUAUCUCGCUGGCCAAGUUGAAUAAUCGAAAACGAAAACUGGAUUCGAAAGACGAAGAAGUGGCGUCGAAGAAGGAAAACGGUUUUGGUUACAACGAGAACGACAAGGGAGAGGAUGACGAGAAGGACGACUAA